AGCUGAGCUCUCUUUCCGACAGUGCAGGGAUUCUGAAGCUGUCUGCUUGAGUUACUGUGCUCUCUUCCAAGGCUGUAGGAGUUCUGGAGCUGCUGGCUGGAGAGGAGGGUGGACCAAGCUCUCCCCAGAAAGACAUCCUGAGAGGACUUGGCAGACUCCAGGUUCUUCAGUUUUGGAAUUCAAACUGGCUCUCCUUGCACCUCAGCCUGCAGAUGGCCUAUUGUGGGACCUUGUGAUCAUGCCUGAAUAUGCAUUGGCUGCGAAAAGUUCAGGGACUUUGCACCCUGUGGGGCACUCAGAUGUCCAGCCGCACUCUCUACAUUAAUAGUAGGCAACUGGUGUCCCUGCAGUGGGGCCACCAGGAACUGCCGGCCAAGUUUAACUUUGCUAGUGAUGUGUUGGAUCACUGGGCUGACAUGGAAAAGGCUGGCAAGCGACCCCCAAGCCCAGCCCUGUGGUGGGUGAAUGGGAAGGGGAAGGAAUUAAUGUGGAAUUUCAGAGAACUGAGUGAAAACAGCCAGCAGGCAGCCAACGUCCUCUCGGGAGCCUGUGGCCUGCAGCGUGGGGAUCGUGUGGCAGUGAUGCUGCCCCGAGUGCCUGAGUGGUGGCUGGUGAUCCUGGGCUGCAUUCGAGCAGGUCUCAUCUUUAUGCCUGGAACCAUCCAGAUGAAAUCCACUGACAUAAUGUAUAGGUUGCAGAUGUCUAAGGCCAAGGCUAUUGUUGCUGGGGAUGAAGUCAUCCAAGAAGUGGACACAGUGGCAUCUGAAUGUCCUUCUCUGAGAAUUAGGUUACUGGUGUCUGAGAAAAGCUGCGAUGGGUGGCUGAACUUCAAGAAACUACUAAAUGAGGCAUCCACCACUCAUCACUGUGUGGAGACUGGAAGCCAGGAAGCAUCUGCCAUCUACUUCACUAGUGGGAGCAGUGGUCUUCCCAAGAUGGCAGAACAUUCCCACUCGAGCCUGGGCCUCAAGGCCAAGAUGGAUGCUGGUUGGACAGGCCUGCAAGCCUCUGAUAUAAUGUGGACCAUAUCAGACACAGGUUGGAUACUGAACAUCUUGGGCUCACUUUUGGAAUCUUGGACAUUAGGAGCAUGCACAUUUGUUCAUCUCUUGCCAAAGUUUGACCCACUGGUUAUUCUAAAGACACUCUCCAGCUACCCAAUCAAGAUUAUGAUGAGUGCCCCCAUUGUUUACCGGAUGUUGCUACAGCAGGAUCUUUCCAGUUACAAGUUCCCCCAUCUACAGAACUGCCUCGCUGGAGGGGAGUCCCUUCUUCCAGAAACUCUGGAGAACUGGAGGGCCCAGACAGGACUGGACAUCCGAGAAUUCUAUGGCCAGACAGAAACGGGAUUAACUUGCAUAGUUUCCAAGACAAUGAAAAUCAAACCAGGAUACAUGGGAACGGCUGCUUCCUGUUAUGAUGUACAGGUUAUAGAUGAUAAGGGCAACAUCCUGCCCCCUGGCACAGAAGGAGACAUUGGCAUCAGGGUCAAACCCAUCAGGCCUAUAGGCAUCUUCUCUGGCUAUGUGGACAAUCCCGAGAAGACAGCAGCCAACAUUCGAGGAGACUUUUGGCUCCUUGGAGACCGGGGAAUCAAAGAUGAAGAUGGGUAUUUCCAGUUUAUGGGACGGGCAGAUGAUAUCAUUAACUCCAGCGGGUACCGGAUUGGACCCUCGGAGGUAGAGAAUGCACUGAUGAAGCACCCUGCUGUGGUUGAGACGGCUGUGAUCAGCAGCCCAGACCCCGUCCGAGGAGAGGUGGUGAAGGCAUUUGUGGUCCUGGCCUCGCAGUUCCUAUCCCAUGACCCAGAACAGCUCACCAAGGAGCUGCAGCAGCAUGUGAAGUCGGUGACAGCCCCAUACAAGUACCCAAGAAAGAUAGAGUUUGUCUUGAACCUGCCCAAGACUGUCACAGGGAAAAUUCAACGAACCAAACUUCGAGACAAGGAGUGGAAGAUGUCCGGAAAAGCCCGUGCGCAGUGAGGCGUCUAGGAGACAUUCAUUUGGAUUCCCCUCUUCUUUCUCUUUCUUUUCCCUUUGGGCCCUUGGCCUUCCUAUGAUGAUAUGAGAUUCUUUAUGAAAGAACAUGAAUGUAAGUUUUGUCUUGCCCUGGUUAUUAGCACAAAACAUUACUAUGUUAGAUAUUGAAAGAAGAAAGGGAAGGAAUGAGAGAGAGUGAAAAGGAGAGGGUAACAGAAAAAGAGGAAAGAAAAGUAAGUCAGGGAAAUAUUAAAAACUGCAAGAGAAAGCAAUUGAAAAAGAAAUAAAGUAGGGAGGGAAGGCGAGAGGAAGCAAGGGAAGGAGGAAGAAAGGAAAGAGGAGAUGAAAGGUGGAGAAAAGAUAGAAGAAAGAUAAUUGAAGGGAGAAUCAGAAAAAUAAAGAGAAGAAAGGAAAGAAAUAGAGAAAGAGAAAGAAGAAAGAGCAAAAGAACACAAGAAAGAAAUAGAGGGAGAAAGAGAGGGAGAAAGGGAGAGAAAAAAAUUUUAAAAAUAAAAAUAGUAAAAGAAACUGAUAAAGAAAAGUAAUGGAAGACAGGAAGAAAGGAAGAGAGGGAAGUAAAGAGGAAAACCUAUAAAUAUUCCCACAGAUAGACAAAGUCAAGCAUAAAACUGGAGCUUGAGAAGGAAAUGAAAGGAAAAGAAGUGGUACCUUCUUUUACCCUAGGAGAAGACCUCCAUACAGGAAGACUUGUGUGUGGGGUUGGGACGUUAGAAUCAUCCGCAAGUCACUCCAAACCUUGAAACUGUCAGGGUCAGAGGGGAACCACCAUUUAUUAAGCAUUUGCCAUGUGCCAGGCACUGACCCAGACACAUUAUAAAUACCACGUUGUUUCACCUGUGUGUGGCAUCUACAGACCUUAGAUCAUAGCUGUGAGAACAACGUAAGCACUGCCAAAGUUAUCAGCUACCCAUACCUCAUGUUUUUGGUGUUAUCUACUCUUCCUAGAAUCAAAUAUUAAAAUAAUUUUAAAACCAA